AUGGCAUAUUGUAUUGCAUUCUCAAUCGACGGCGCAACCGACGUUACACGACGAUAUGUUCGCAACCCAGCAAAACACGGCAUAUCCCGUACACGUGCUCCCGAGGAGGUUCUACUCUGGGUCAUCCAUGAAAUACGACGAAUGCGACGGGAUAAUCUUUCCAAAGCGGAGCGUCGACGACUGAUGAAGGAGGAUGAACGGGAGGAGCGGGAACUUCGUGGAUACAUGGCUCAGGCGAUUGCGACGGAAAUCAACAACUUGUUCCCCAAUGAACAGCUCAAUACCAACACCAGCAUCAAUGGCAACAGCGCAUCGUCUGAUGAAACAAAGAUUCCCGUAGCGUCCCGGAAUGGAACGGUGGAAUGGUCGAAUAUCAACACCACCAACCAUGACGACGAACGACCACGCCUUUUAACGAACCCUCCGAGUCUAUCCCUCUUGAAACAACCCUUUGAAUUUACCGAUACUCCUCCCACGCAAUACUUGAAAGAAGAUAACGGCGUUCUUUUCACCUCUAGUUUUUCAUCCUCAAAGGUGAUGGGUGUCCUAUAUAUCAACCCUGACGCUCUUCGACUAUCCUGCGCUUAUCGUUUUAUCACUGCUAGAUGCAUUGAUACAUCCACUACAACUCCACACUUAACAUUUAUAUUUCCAAACUGA